AAAGAACAAAGAUGGCCCAUCUGCUCUUAUCUUUUGAAUAAAAACAAAAAAUCUUAGAGCUGGUUGAAUUAGGUGGCCAACCAGCUUAAGAUAAAGAUCCCACAGCCACUGUACCCGCCAGAAUUCAAAUCAGUUAAUUCCCAUUUGUCGCAUAAGUUAAAACACAUAAAUCUCAUAUUAAUUAUAGUCCAAGUUGAAUAUAAAAAUUCAUUUCCUAAUUUUUCUCUAGAAAGAAAAAAAAAGAGAAAGUGAGAAAAGAGAGAGAAAAACCUUUGCUUUGCAGUUGAAGAAGCAGUUGCUCUCAGCUUUGCUUACUUAAUAAACAAAAGCCUGAGGGAAGUUAGGCCAACGGUUAGCUUUCCCUCCAAACUCUGUGAUUCCCUUGGAAACAAAGCAAAAGACCUUUUUUUUUUAUUUUUUGAUUGCAGGAGUUUGAUUCUUGGUCACCAUCUGAAACCCAACUUCACCUUCCUGACUUGUUCUUCACACCCUUCUUCUUCUUCAGCAAAAACCCCUUGUCGCAAAUACCGUCCUAUAUACACUUCGGUUUGUUUCCCUUCUGUUCAUGUUCAAGUCUUUGCUUUAGCUUUGAGUUUGACUCGCAGUGCUUGUUGCUUUUCUUCUUCGCAUGGUUUUUGGUGGAAUUUUGAUGGGGGUGGUGACCAUCUGAUGCAGACCCCAUUAAAGUUUUUCCAUUAAGGGAUCAAAUUCACCAAAACCCAUCUUGAAUUUCUGCUUGAAGAUUUUUGAGGUUUCUUUGAUUUUGUUCUGCAAAAGAAAUUUCCCAAGUUUCUGAAUUUGGGGUUUUUGGAGUUUUCAAGUCUGAGCUUUCAAUCCCUUGGAGGGUUUUCCCCAACCUAGAUGCGGCCAAACCGGAACUAGUGGAGCUUGAUUUUGACCCCAUGAAAUCUUCACCAUGAAUACCCGUUACUUUUUUCAAUCGGAUUCCUUGUGCAAUUCCAAUAGUGCUGUUUCAUUUUCAUCAAGUUCUCCACCAGGAGGAGCUAUGCUCAAUACCCGAAACAGGUCUGCUCGAGCUCCCCCGAAUUCGUUCUUGAUAAGAAUGGCCAUGAGAAUAUCUAGAGCAAGGUGGUUCACUUUCCUGAGAAGAGUGUUUCAUUACCAAAAUGGUUCAAGGUCAGAUCUUGGGUCCAAUCCUUUCAAUACCAGCACUUGGAUGUUGAUGGAGUUCACAGCUUUGGUUGUUCAAAUAAGCAUCACAACACUUACUUUGUCCAUAUCCAAAGGGGAAAAACCAGUUUGGCCUAUGAGAUUGUGGAUUGUUGGCUAUGAUAUUGGCUGUGUUCUUAAUCUGUUGCUACUCUAUGGGCGUUACCGGAAUCUCUAUGUGACUCAAGGAGAUGGUUUUGGACUUCCUGAUGUGGAACAGCAGAGGGCCAUGGAAGAAUCCAGGACCAAUCAUUUGAUGAACAAGUGUAGGACUUCACUUGAACUGUUCUUUGCGAUAUGGUUUGUGAUGGGUAAUGUCUGGGUCUUCGAUUCUCGCUUUAGUCCUUUCCAUCGAGCUCCAAAACUACAUGUUCUCUGCAUCUCCCUGCUUGCUUGGAAUGCUGUCUGCUACUCCUUCCCCUUCCUUCUGUUUCUUCUGCUAUGUUGUUGUGUGCCAUUAAUUAGUAGCUUUCUGGGAUACAACAUGAACAUGGGGUCCAUUGACAGAGGAGCAUCUGAUGAUCAAAUUUCUCAGCUACCCAGUUGGAAAUAUAAAGCAGUUGACACCAAGUUAGACCAUGGAAAUGAUGCUGACUGCAAUUCAGGCCCUGUCAAUGAAGAUCCAGAAUGUUGUAUUUGCCUAGCCAAGUACAGAGAAAAGGAAGAAGUGAGACAGUUGCCAUGUUGCCAUAUGUUUCACCUCAAGUGUGUGGAUCAAUGGCUGAAAAUCAUAUCAUGUUGUCCUCUUUGUAAACAAGAACUAGAGAGAUAGAAUUGGAGAAUAUGGGUUCUGUUUUUUUAUUUUUUUGUUUUUUGUUUUCUUUUAAUAUUCUCUUUUGUGUGAUUUACAUACUUUUUUACAUGGUUACUUGAGUGAGUUUAUUGUUUGUACAGUUGAGCUCACCAGUAACCAAAACCAUACAGGGAGUCUAUAGUCAAUCUUUGAGCACACCCCACAAAAUAGCAGGAGAUAAUGUUGGAGCUUUCACUCCCUCAGCACUCCAAGACUUUCCAAUACAUAAAAUAUGAUUUUUUAGUAUAUCAUCUUUUAUAUGUAAUUUUACCAAAAAUAAUACGGCAAUGUUAUGAGUUUAUAUUUAUACAUUAAUAUGUGCUUUACCCUUUA